AUGGCGCCCAACAAACCCGGCCCACUGCAAGCACUCCGCAGGAAAGCGGCCUCUCAAGCCAAACUCACAAAGAAGACUGCCCUCGCUGGCUCGGGAUACCGCAACCUCCAGCGCCGCAACGCCGCGGUCACUGGGGCCUACCACCCUGAAAACGACACCCAGGAAGCGGUCAUUGUGCGCGCUCUCUCGAAGCCGAAACCGAAUAAGGUGGUCAAGACGUCCCUCAAGCCGCGCAUCGCCGCACCAAAGCCAGACCAAGCGCCUCCAGCAAGACCGAAUACCGAGUAUUGGCUCAGCUACGGCGGCGUCUCCCCACCAGAAACCACAGAAGAAGUGUUUCCAACGACUACGGUGGCGGUGGCGCGCAUCGCCGGCUGGAGGCUCCAUUCCUUCACCGACAGUCUGAAGAUGCUACUCGACGAUAUCGUGGCCUAUGAUGAGAUCGCGGUCACCUCGUUGAACAUCGGGGGUGAAAUCGUGGUGGACGUUCGGAUCUUGUUCGGGACGGAGAUGGCGGCGAUGGCGGCGAAGGGAGGGUUGGAUGGUGAGAUGCUUGAUGGGAGGAAGUUGCGGUUGGGCUACAUCUGA